AGCGAAGCCCAAGAUCGCGAAGCGACACAUUUGUGUUACUAGUGUUAAGUGGAAAUCGCAUUAGCUGUUUGCGGCAGCGCAAUUCAUAGCUAUCCGUAAUUUGAGGUUCUACCUGUAGCACUGAUGCCGUCAAAAGCUGCGAACGGGCGGCCGUAUCCGGCGCGUGAUACGCGGAAGGCGCCUGUAGAGAAGCUCGUGGAGCGUGUUUUUAUCAAAAAGCCAAGAAUACUGAGCUUCUCACACAGGUCAGCGGGAAGUUUGCGCCAUCCUUACGCUCAACUCGUCUACGAAGCUUCUUUAGGUGCGACUGCGCGCGGGGAUCGUCUGACCUACAUAUUGGAAGCUUUCCUUGACGCGAAAAAAGAGAAGACCCACUGGCAGCGUGUAGAGCGGAUAUUCGACUCAAAGCUCGGUGACGAGCACAUGGAAAAAAUGAAGUUGGAUCUUUUGUUUUCUCCCGAGCUCCUCCAGUGCCUUGAAGUUUUGUGGUCGCGUGUUGGCGGGGUCAGUGGCGGUUUUAUGACAGAGGACGCGUACAGACAAUUUCAGCAGCAGCUGUAUUUUAUGCUUUUGGACAUCAACGAUAUAGGUCUCGUUCCGGCAACGAUGCAGUUUAUCCAGGAAGACAUACACACCGAUUGCAAAAGCGAGGCGGGCUUGGAUUUUGCCGGCUUUGCAACGUCCAUCUUGGAACUUGCGGACAACUGGACACCCACUAGAUGUAUACCCGACUACGUUGCGUUUGUGCGUAAGAUUACGGAGGCUUUUACUCCGGAGGCGAAACAAACCAUAGAAUUCACCAACGAGGACGACUUCCGCUUGAAUCAGGACACUUUUUUCAUUGGCGGCGUGAUAAAGCCUGUACAGGUGAACGGUGAAACAAUUUAUCGCCGAACAACAAUUUAA